UUCUCUGAAUUUUCAUUUUUCAAUCCCUGCUCUCUCUUCUGGUCCCUUUUUUAAGCCAUUUUAGAUCCCCAAUUCCUUCAUUAUCAGAUAUAUAUACGUAUCAGUGACCCCAUUGAAUACCACUUUGGGUGUUAGAAACGAAGCCUAAAGCAUCAUGUUUCUAUUAGAUUGGUUCUACGGAGUUCUUGCAUCUCUUGGAUUAUGGCAAAAAGAGGCCAAGAUUCUUUUCUUGGGUCUGGACAAUGCCGGCAAGACUACCCUCCUUCACAUGUUGAAAGAUGAGAGACUGGUACAGCACCAGCCCACCCAGCACCCAACAUCGGAGGAGUUGAGCAUAGGGAAGAUCAAGUUCAAGGCUUUCGAUUUGGGUGGUCACCAAAUCGCUCGCCGUGUCUGGAAAGAUUACUAUGCUAAGGUGGAUGCAGUGGUUUACUUGGUGGAUGCAUAUGACAAGGAGAGGUUUGCAGAAUCAAAAAAGGAAUUGGAUGCGCUCCUUUCGGAUGAAUCCCUGGCCAAUGUUCCUUUUCUCAUUCUUGGCAACAAGAUUGACAUUCCCUAUGCAGCUUCUGAGGAUGAGCUUCGUUAUCACCUAGGACUUACCAAUUUCACAACUGGCAAGGGGAAGGUGAAUCUGACAGACUCCAACGUUCGUCCGCUUGAAGUUUUCAUGUGCAGUAUUGUCCGCAAGAUGGGAUAUGGCGAUGGCUUCAAGUGGGUCUCUCAAUACAUCAAAUAGAGUUUUGGAAAACAUCUGGCCUUGUAUUCUUUUGGAGUUUUUGCUGUCAUUUUUGCAGUGUCUUACCACAAUUAGAUUGAAAAUGGAAUUCUUAUUUGUCUUCGAUAGAUUGGUUCGAGAAUUAACAUUAGUAGAAACAUUUGAUUGAUAACUCCAGCCAUUGUUAAAUUGGUGCUUAUUGAAGAACAAAGCUGUGUGCAACUAUUUUGUGAUGGAUUAUCUUUUGUGGAUUAAUAAGGUCGUGGUCAUUGUUCAA